GGGUUUCCAUAGAAAUCUGGAUGUAAACAAACUUCUUUAUUCUUUGACAUCUAGAGCAUAAAGAUAGAUAAGGGGACUCGCAUUGUUUUUCACUAAAGGAACGAGUUUGAAUGUUUUAAGUGACCGGUAUGGGAGGGUCACCGUCACUACCGGAGGUAGCACUGUCCACAGAUCGUGUAGUUCUCAUCACAGGCGGAAAUACGGGUAUUGGAUAUGAGACAGCUAAAUGGAUAGCUAUGAGGGGAGCAAGAGUAAUCAUUGCCUGUAGAUCAGAGGAACGAGCCAAAUCUGCUAUAGAGAGGAUACAGAGAGAGUUUAAAGAGGAGAAGUCUAAGGGCGCUGUUGGACUUUGCUCCAGUGAAAAUCUGACGCUAGAGUUCAUGGCUCUAGACCUGUCAUCCCUGAAAUCCGUAGAAAGCUUUAUAUCCACGUUUAAAGCGAAGGAACCUAAACUGCAUGUACUACUUUGCAAUGCAGGGAUUGCUUUACACCCACAAGAGUACACUGAGGAUGGAUUUGAAAUUAUGUUUCAGGUGAAUUAUCUUGGUCAUUUUCUUUUGGUUUCCAAGUUGUUACCUCUUAUGCUAAGUUCUGAUGAGGAUUGUCGACUUGUCUUCGUUUCCAGUGUUGCACACCGCACUGCCAGCUUUGAUUUAGAUAAAGCACAAGGAAAACAUCAUACGAAAGAAAACUUCAAGAGACUCUUGUAUUAUGGAAAUUCCAAGAUUUUUCAGAUUAUGCAGAUGUAUUGCUUAAAUAGACGACUAAAGAACACAAAUGUGGCUGUGAAUAGUAUACAUCCUGGUGUUGUGAAUACAGAACUUGAUAGAAAUUUUUUAGACGUGAAUUAUGCCCGAGUACUAUUACGGCUCUCAAAAAUCAUCCAUGUGACGAAAACUCCAUUUGAGGGAGCUAAGACGUUAAUCACAGCGGCUGUAAAUCCACAAUUCAAAGAUACAAGAGAUGCAUACUUUGUUAACAUGAAAUUACGCCAGCCGAACAGGUUGGCGAGGAAUCAACAGAAGCAGGAGGCUCUCUGGAAGUAUUCCAUAGACUGCUUGAAGGAUUUCCUGAAGGAGGAAGAUCUAGAGUUCUUAGGGAAAGUCUGAACUCCGCAAAAGUUGUUUUUAUUCUAGAGUGAAUAUUUCUUAUAAGAAAGUAUGAUAGAUUUUGUAACUUGUAACCACCAUAAAAUUCUAGAUAAACGUUGUAUCUGAUGACAGUGAAAGUUUUUAAAAUGAUUGACGUCAUUAUUAUUUUUUAAAAGUACACGUGUAGUUGCAUAGUUUACUCAUUGCUCAGAUGACUAAUGAGAGGUACUGCGAUACGUCGACACACUUCUUGGCCUCAUGCUCAAUAGACAAAAGUAGUGCUGAGUAUUUCUAUGUAUUUAUGCUCGGAAUCACGAUCACGAAUUGGUAUAAGGUGUUUGUACCAAACAGAAAUAAAGAUGCAUUUUCGUACCAUAUAGAAUGCAAAACAUGAAUAAAUUCACAUGUGUUUGAAAGAAAAUGAAUAUCACUGAAUAUCGUUUCCUGAGUAAUGGUGUCGUGCAUUGCCUACCAAUCCCAUUCCCGUAUCAAUUCCUAUCAAACGAUGUUGAGAAAAUUGGUUUCCCACCUUGACAAAUCUUUAGAAAUGUCUUGAGCAUAGAACCCGUUAUACACAUGUUAUACUAUAUAUGAUACGAGGUGACGAUGGAAAGAAGUGGCGUUGAGUGGGAACAACACACAGUCUAUAAGCUUUUUACAAUUUAUUUCACGAAAACGAUAGCCCAAAAUGUGUCCGCAGGGUGCAUUCUUGGGCAGAUAAAGUGAUUUUGAAAUACAUGACUGGAUCUGUUAAUGUGCUAUGCUUGUAUGAAUCUAUGUUUAUAUAUACUGUUCAACACCAUUUAUUGCAUUCAUUGUAAAACUGUAUUCUUUAUAUCUUAAUGGUAACAUGAUAUAUAUAUAUAUAUAUAUAAGCAUUUGCGUUGUAAUGUGGAUAUAACGUGACUACAGACGUGGGUUUUUUGUGUGGAAAUACUAUGUGAAAUUAUUAGGUUUGUUUCAUUAUGUAGAAAUAUGGUGUGAAAUUAUCAGGCCUAUUUACUUGAUGUGGAAAUACAAUGUGAAAUUAUCAGUUUUGUUCCAUGAUGAGGAAAUACAAUGUGAAAUUAUCAGGUUUAUUUACUUGAUAUGGAGAUACAAUGUGAAAUUAUCAGGGCUGUUUCAUGAUGAGGAAAUACAGUGUGAAAUUAUUAGGUUCGUUUCAUUAUGUAGAAAUACAAUGUGAAAUUAUCAGGUUUAUUUACUUGAUGUGGAGAUACAAUGUGAAAUUAU